CAACAGGUAUGGGUCGUUCAAUGUUAACUACUCACAGUAUAAUAUAUGUAUAUAAAACAUUCGCAUUUUUUUCAAAGUAAACAAAGUUCUUAGCAUCUCGUUCUGUAAAGAUGUGCGCGAGACAGUCUUGCCAAAAGAUGAAUUUCAAAGUAUUUAUCGCAAGUUUUUGUCUUGUUGUGAUGGCGAAAUCAGAAAAUGCGUUUCAGUUCAGACAAGAAAGAAGUCUCGCCUCCGAGAAGGAUUUCACCCGUGGUAAGCUAUAAUUUGUGUAUGCAAAUUUGAGAUUUCGAUAAAGUCAUUUAAAUAAGGCUCACAAACAUAUAAUGGACCAUACUUAGUUAGCUACAUGUAUUCUGUAUACUUCGUUUGACCUACUUGAAUAGUUAUUCUAUAUAUAUAACGUACUAUUAAAAAGUUAAUUAACAUAAAAAGUCAACUUAGUCACAAAACAGUCACAAACUUGCCGUGUAGCUACUGUAUAUAGGUUUCAAUGAGUUAAUUAAAAUCAAUGCGUCAUAAGUAGUCAAAUAAAGAUCAGCAGUAGGUCUAACACACAUAGUAUAGGCGACUGAGAAUCACGACAAAGAUCGAAAUUGGAUCAUUCAGAAACAACACCUGAAUACCGGGUUAAGAGCGAAGACUCAUUGUUGGAAAAUUAGUAAAUUACUGUAUUAUUGGCUUGGUCUAAUACUGGCAUCUUCAAAAACCUAAGCAUGCAACCUUUAACAUUAGCGUAAAGUUUCAAUCAGUAUUAUUGCAAUCAGAAGCCUAAUAUAGCCAAACAAAUUUGUCUUAAUUAUUUGGGUCGGAAUUAUCUUGUUGUAGAAAUAGUUUUUCCUUUUUUAAUCGCAGCUACUUAUAGCCUACAUGCUCUUCAACUAAACUUAUACAAAAUGUCAACUUAAUAAUCUAAUUAAAACUUUCACGAUUGUGUCAAAAACAGUCAAAGCUAUACAAGAUUUAUUAUAAGUAUAUGGCAAAUGUUAACAAUUUCGAUCACCCAUCUGAACAGGCCUGCAUGGUGAACCCAAUAUUUUCAGAAUACACGACAAGUCAUGCUUUCACCAGAUUUUAGGAAAUUUCACAACAAGGAAUCCUAACUAAAUAUGCCAAGUAGGCGAAACCUACCAGGAAGACAAUAAAUUGCGGGGGUGAAAUCACUGAAUGAUAUUAAUUCGAAAUAGGGAUUGUCCUUUUUGGGCAUGUUUAUACACAUCACUCGGCUACUUCCGGCAUGUUUCUGGGAAGAACACAGAAGCCCAAGCCCAUCUACACGAUCAAUAUAUACUAAUAUAUUGAAAGGAUUAGUGUCACACCAUGGUAUCGUGGGCUUUUGUUAUUGUUUUACCUUACCCAGAAUACGCGACAAGUUCCUAUAGCAAACAUUUAGUAAGUGAUUUUAAUUAACAGAUUUUAGACAAAUUUCACAAUAGGGAUAUCCAACUAAUAUGCCUAAGUAGGCAAAAAUUACCAGGAAGACAAUACAUUGCGGGGGUGUAUUUAGCUACAAUAUAGACUGUACAAGGGAGCACAGCAGUAUUGUUUUCGAGACUUUCGUACCUGUAUAUGGCUGUAAAAUCUCUGAAUAGGUAGUCUUUGUCUUCUUUGGUUCGCUAAUUUGCAUAUAAACACUAAAACACUGUUUUUAAAUUCGUAAACAAGCCAACAAUUUCUUUAUAUUUUCGUAUUUUUACAUGGUCGUCCGCUGUACAUUGUAUCGCAUGUAACGGUUUUGUAAAUACGCGCGAAACUUACAAUAAGAAAUAGAGGGGAGUGAAACUGUGGGCACGUGAUCAAUAUUAACCAAUAACAUUUCUGGAUUUGAGAACCGCUUUCUCCAAGGUUUGUAGCAAAACCAAAUGCUUACAAUCAGAUUAGAGUCGACUGUAAAAGCCUACCAAAAACUGAUUUGUUCACAAUUCGUAAACAUUUUAACUCUGAUUUUUUUUUAAAUGUAUUAUAUCAUGCUUCUACUUCGAGAAUAUUGCCCAUGGCAUGUUUGAGAGUGGUAAUAAUAUACAUUUUGUCAUUAUUUAUCAAACUGUGAAUUGCGAUUUUUACGUAUAACGUAUUAAACACCGAAAUAUUCCCGUUUUAGUUUAUUGUAUGCUGGUUUUAUAUGGAUAAUUUCACAUUAGAAUAUUUGAAAAUGGCUUUAAUGUUAUAAAAUAACACAAAAUAUAACAAAAUCAUGACGAAAUGUCGAAAAUCUUUAGCCUGUUUAGUAUAUUCAUGUACUGAAAUAUGAUUUAAAAAAGACAAAUAUAUGGCAUACUAUACGAUCAACCACAGUUUGGAUUAACUAUGGAUCAACUCACGUUAAAAACAUGUGAACUGAAGCCAAGAUUGCAUAAUUCCAUAAUUAUAUAUCUAGCAGUGGCCUGUGCCUAGCAACGGUUGCUGUGCCUAGCAAUUUGCUACAGCGUCUGUCGAAAGAUUUUACCGGAUGUGCCCACAGUUUCACUCCCCUCUAUUUCUUAUUGUAAGUUUCGCGCGUAUUUACAAAACCGUUACAUGCGAUACAAUGUACAGCGGACGACCAUGUAAAAAUACGAAAAUAUAAAGAAAUUGUUGGCUUGUUUACGAAUUUAGUGUUUACGAAUUUAGUGAAAAAACAGUGUUUUAGUGUUUAUAUGCAAAUUAGCGAACCAAAGAAGACAAAGACUACCUAUUCAGAGAUUUUACAGCCAUAUACAGGUACGAAAGUCUCGAAAACAAUACUGCUGUGCUCCCUUGGACUGUAUAGUACAAUGUAUAAUACAGACGUUAUUUUUAAUACGGAUUAGCUUUUUGGGAAUGUUUAUCAGUUAACAUUUAAAACUCGGCUACUUCCUGCAAGUUUCUGGGAGGAGAUUUAGAUUUUAGAACAGAUUGAAAUUCGUUUCCUUUGCUCCCACAGACUUUUAUUUAAUUUUAUUGUGAUAUAAAAUGGUUUAAUUGCAUAUGCAUAAAAAUGUCUAUAUACAAAUGUCCACCAAUUUCUUUUACUUUCGUUCUUGCUCAAAUUUCGAAAACAUUGCCAGCUUGAAUUAUUGAGAUAGCUGUAUAUCAAUUGCCUAUACUUGUGAUGAAAUCAGUUUAAUUUAACCAAUAAAAUUGCUCGAAAUUAACAAGUAAUAAAAAUUCGGCCUUGGGCAGGAAUAUGGGAUACAAGUUUGGCAAACUAUACAAAAAAAUGAAAUAUUAAGUAAUAUUGAUACAUCAUCAUGUUAUCAGUGAAACAAAAUUCCGCAAAUUGUUUGCAAGGUUUAGCUCAGCUGUUGAAUAAUACUAGACGGCCUAGUCCGGACAAGUUGUUAAAUAAAAAAACUGUCUUUUAUUUCAUCUCUAAUUUAAUGCUCAAAGUAUUCAUCUGUAUUAAAAUUAAAUAUCUACGGUACCUUCUAUGUGGAAUCAGUUCUGAGAAUUUCUGAGAAUACCGCCAUGUUUCUGCCAUAGACCUAAAAAUGUCCCCCACCCCUCCGAAAAGUAAUAAGAAAAAUAGUUAAUAUGAAAGGAUACAAACUAUGUGGCGUAUUAGUCUUCUAACCCAAUCAGCUAUCAGGAACUCACAUCGUGUGACCGACACAAAUCGUAAAAUGCAGGAUGCUAUAAUAACGAUUUACGUCACGAUCUCACAAAAUAACAUUAUUUUCCAGACAGGAAUAGCUGAAAAGAUUUUAUUAAAAAGUUCGUUUUAUGGCUUUCCUAGGCUUUGGCCUAGCGUUUUAUCACAGUAGGGUUUUCACUUAAAAAAUUCCAAUUUUUGCUUCAGAAAAAACUAGCUUAAUUAAAGAUCGGCUUUUUACGGCAUAAUCCGCACUCAGAUUUUUCGUGUUCCCGUGACCUUAUUUGGUAAAACCACGUCAUUGUCUCAUAAUAUUAAUUAUUUAUUUAACAAUUUGUGACGUAACUCGAGACAAAUUGCAUUUGUCCUAUGGUCUGUGACAGGGACGCCGGAACUGGGGGGGCAGGGGGGGAGGCUGCCCCCCUUGCCUUUUGCUAGGGAGGCAGGGGGGGCAGAAGUGCCCUUUUAGUUGUAAAAUAAUACGUGAUAAAUCACAUUUCCAACAAUGCUUUUUGUAGGAAAAUCACGAGAUUCAGGUAAUUUAUAGUUUAUAUUUAUAAAAAUUUGGGGAAAUUUUUGGAAUUUAGAAAAAUAUUUUGAAGAAAUGGCGAAAAUUUAAGAUAUCCGGAAAAUUUUUUGGCUUCACGGAAAAUUUUUGUAUGUGCGGAAAAAAAUUUUGACCCCUAAAAUGGUACACUGACCGAAAAUUUUUUGGCGACGGGGGGGGGAGGUCGCCAAAAAAUUUUGCAGUAAAAAAAAAUUUUUCAUUAAAGGUGCCCUUGGUGUGCGUCCGCCCCCCUUUGCCCUAUUAUCGUUCCGGCGUCCCUGGUCUGUGAUUGUACAAGACAGAAGUCUUUCUGGCAUAAUUAGUUGCUGGGUGCGUGCUCGCCCUUAUUAUAUCAGUUGGAACAGCGACUGAAAAUUGAUGAAAAUGUACGGUCACAUACCUAAUCGUCGCAAGUAAAAUGCAAAUAUUAUAGUAUUAUCUACCUAUGUGUAGAUGUAUACAGCUAUUUCAAUUAAGGUUGUCCCCCGAGCAAAGCGGAAAAGUCGAAUACGAGCGAGAAAGGCUGCUGGGGAUCGCUAAUAAAUGAAUGAAUUUGAUUAGCGAUUCCCAGCAGCCUUUCGCGCUCGUAUUCGACUUUUCCGCUUUGCUCGGGGGACAACCUUAAUUGAAAUAGCUGUAUACAUGAUAAAGAAAAUGACUAAUCUAAGUUAUCGGGCAUUUUGUAUUUUCGUUUUAUGACGUCACUAGUUGUGCUUACGGUGGCAACAAAAGAAGAAAGUCUAAUAUCUCCAAAGCGUAUUCAAUGAAAUUAAAUGAAAUUUGGUACAGUUAGUAAGUGCACCUAAGCAACCAUUUUGGGGCGUUCAUAUGGUUGUCAUAGAAACAAAAUAGUUAUUAGUCUUUGUCCUAUUUAUCUAAUUCUUGGCUUCCGACGAAAAAGGAAGAAACUUUUGUAAUUUCCAUUUAUUAUCUCGUGUGUCCGGUCCCAAAUCCUUCGCAUGGAAGAACUUCGAUUUUGAACGUUUCCCGCACCCUAGCUGAUUUCUUGGCUCUGAUUUUUCCUCGAUCUGGUUGAUAUCUUUCCACUUUUUCAGCUCUUUUAUAAAAUCAUCAAAGCUCCAUUCUUGCCAGCACACUUUGUCUUUGAGUUAUUUCAGUUUUAUUGAUAUGCAAACGUCCGGAAUUUACGUCAUAUAUGAAUAAUGACUGAUACAGUUAAAUAUCAUGAAAUAAAAAGGUUAAAUGAUGUUUACAUGUAGGUAUGUAAUACUUCCACAACUGCAAACUUCAUUUUAAUGUAUAAACUCGAUAGUGAAUACGAUAUACAUACAAACUUUCACUUUAAAUCAUUAUGCAUUUGUUAGUAUACGUAAAUUCCGGAUAUUUGCACACCAAACAAACUGAAAUAUCUCAGAAACAAACUGAGCAAACGAAAAUCUUCAAAAUAAGUUAUUUUAUUUUUUCUUGCGGUCCGAAAUCAUAUUUUCCUUUUUUUUUGCAAUCUGAUUGGCUAUACGCGAUCGGUUCGUAUGAGCCCGUACGGACCGCGCGAGAUUUAAAGCCGUAGAGCCAAUGUUUUUAUUUUUAAAAAUUUAAAGAAGAGUUUAAAGGCUACUUUUUAAGACAUUAAAAUGUUUGCAGACGAUGAAGAACUCAGUGAAAGUGAAUUAAAAGGUACUUUGAAUCAAUAUACGAGACAAGAGAAAUUGAAAACAUACCUGCCAAAGAAUUAAUCAAUCUUGAGCGAUGACAGUGACUCGGACUAAAUAUAACCUUUUUGAGGUUUUUCUGUUAGAUUUGAUUCCUUUGUAAUAAACUUCCAUUGGAUAUUUAUAUAUUUUAACGAUUUUUGUUCGCUUGAAAAGUGCUUGUAUUCAGAAUGUUUCGUUUUUGAAUUUUUUUAAAUAAACAUAUCAGGUGACUUCCUUAUUUGGCAGCUUCAUUCGCGUGCGGAGGGGAGGUUGGGGAAAUUCAGAGGGGGGAAUUAAAAAAAUAAAAAUAUUAUUUACCGGUAUGGUCGGUCCGUAUAGAGUUAGGUGCACUUUAAAGUGAGGUGAAUUAAUUUUGAUCCAGUCCAAGGACUGAGUUAAUUUUGAUCCAGUCCAAGGACUGGAUCAAUAUACUUCAUCAGGUAUCCAGUAUUAUCAUAUAAACAAAAUAAAGCAAUAGGGUUGGCCAAUUUAUUCAUGAACUAGAAAUACAUGCAUGCAACAACCCCUCGGUCACAUUUUCCAAAAUUGUUUCAACAUGAAGUACUUUAAUAACGCCAACACGUCAUGUCAACCAUGGCAACACGAUCACGGCAAAAAUAAAUUAAUGUUUUACACUUUUUUAAAAUUAACCACAGAACUAUUACCCUGGGUGCCAGAGGUUCUUCCACGCUCGUAGGGGGGAUAAUGAGGGAUACACGAGGAUUCAAGCUGGGCGGCGGCGAGCGGGAAGAACCUCUGGAACACUUCUAUGGCUUUUACUGUUUUAACUGUCUCAUGUCAAUCAAACGUUAGCCAAUAGGACACGUACUUAUUUUUGACUGAUGAUGAUUUGGGCAUGUUCAACCGAACAUUUGAGCGAUGGAAAUUGCGACAGAAUGUGUCAAUUUCAAAACAAAAAAUUAAAAUUAGCGAGUCGUUAUAGUAAAAUAAACCGAAUAAUAUUAUAUGGCCGCAUGGCAUUAGACCGUAGACCUGUUAAAAGUGUUACAAAAAAGCAGAAACGAGUAUUGUCGAGUUUGUGGUGAAUUUGUUAUUCACAGUGGGUAUUUUAGUAUAUACAGUAAGGAUCGUCGCCUCGGUAGAUUGAACGUUGAAGCAUAAUUUUCUUGUAAAACCAAUAUUUGCCGUCCAAGGCCCUGUUUAUAUGGAGGCGAGUUAAAUUGGCGAACAAAAGUUAUCUAAUGAGUAAUGAUUUGUAUGUAUUUUUAAACAAUAUAUUAUAUUUCAAAUGCAAAGCACAUACAUUUAGGGACCGACCGUUUAUUACAUCUCAGGGGAGGCGGUGGUUUUUUUAAAAACAUCAAUAAAAUAUGCACCCCCCUAUAUUUUUUGGAAAUGAAAAAAUGACCCCCCUGGUCUAACUAUAUAGAUUAAAAAUAUACCCCCCCCCCCAAUCGCACUAGGCAUUUCUAGGCAUCAAACCUCAGUGCAUCAUUUAUUCGAAUUACUAGGCCUCGUGAUGAGGAAGUGCUAAUAGAAAAACUGGGCACUAGUUCAUUGAACUAUAAAUAAACUGCUAUGAUGAAGGCCUAUGAUUUGAUGAAGCCAAAAUAGUUUUUCUGAGUUAUGAGCAGAAAUACUUUAUCCCAAACGUUGGGCGGUGUGGAAAUUUCAAGACUUCAGCGAAAUAUUUAAAAAAUGCAAAAACAACUGCAAAAUGGAAAAUUAUCAGCAAUUAUUUUUGUAGUUUUUCAAUAUUUCCCUUUUAGCUAAAGUCUUGAAAUUUCUACACCAAAUAGCGUUUUUCAAUAGCUUCAACUUGAUAUAUAGCCCAACGUUCAGUGUUGAGUAUUCCUGCUCAUAACUCACCUAACUAAAAUGCACUGGCUUCAAUUCCCCCCCCCCCCGAGUUAGCCUUCCAGUUUAUUUAUAGUUCAAUGGUUUAGCCUCAGUGGGUUUAGCCCUGUUUGACAAGAUGGCUGCCGCCAAAUUAUCAUUCCGUUCAGCGGAGUCACUAAGAUUAAGAACAAUUGAACUAAACUUUGAACUAAGAGUUCAAUGCUAAGAAUUAGAUUCCAGUCUUCUCUAUGCAAAAAUUGCACACAAUGGCGCAAUAUUGCUUGAUUAGUUUGUAUUUGUCUUUCUUUCUAUCAAAUUCAAAAUUAAAUGGUAGAUAUAGUUUGAAUAUCUCAUAAAGUCAUUUUAAUAUGUAAGAAUCGUUCGCAAUUUCAAAAUUUAACCCCCCCCCCUUUCCUUUUGGGAAACAAAAAGCUACCCCCUAAAAUAGCCAUAUUUAAAAAAUUAACCCCCUCAACCCCUGAGACGUAAUAAACGAUCGGUCCCUUGUACACAUACAUAUUUCGAUCUCGGGCGGCCGAGUUAACAAAUACCCGAACAUCUUUUGUUUAUAAUAUGGUAACUAUUCAUCUCGCCGAAGGCAAUAUCUCGCCUCUUUCUGCCGGGAACUCGUCACUGGCGAGUUUAUACCGACUACAUCGUCAUGUCAACAGUUCCUCGGCUUUAUAAUAUAGCCGGGAUCUUGUCGUUGACGAGUAUAAACUCGACUUGCCGGGUAAUUCGCCUCGAUAUAAAUAGGCCUAUAAAGACUCCCAUCUUGUCUUGACAUGCUUGAUUUGACUAGACAGACACGCACACGAAAUUCCCUCUUGGCAAUAUAGCAAACAUGUCAUUGAGUUUUGUAACACCGUCCAGUAAAAAAUUUCAAAAUCGAAUCAACCACGACCGAGUUGUUGAAAACCUCCCGCAAGACUCGCAAAACUAGAGGCAUAUAUAUUUACGCCUGACUAUAUUAUAAAUAUAAUAUUAUAUUUUUACAACAGCGUAUGCCUGAACGGAUUCUGAACGAUAAUAUUUUGAAGGAUAUACGGUUCAAACAGCCAAUGAAAGUCAUUGUUUUAACAAGUCCCUGCCGUUAACCAAUUAACACAGUGAUCCAGAUUCUGGAUCACUUCACACAUCACAUUAAGCAUCGUGAUUGGUGCGGCUCGAUCUGAGAAACCAUAGAAGUGUUUCAGAGGUUCUUCCCGCUCGCCGCUGCCCAGCUUGAAUCCUCGUGUAUCCCUCAUUAUCCCUCUUACGAGCAUGGAAGAACCUCUGGCACCCAGGGUACAGAACUAUCGAUUUCUAACAUAUAUAAAAUAGGUAUGAUUGUUUGUGAUGUUACUCUGAGUGUAUAUUCAAACCGAGCAAGCUUGAAAAAUAUGCCUGGCCACGGUGGGAAUCGAACCUACGACCUAUGGCAUACUAGCCCAAUGCUCUGCCAACUAAGCUACGCGGAAAGGUCGGUUCGAAUAUGUGAUAUUUCGGACCUGAGUCUAGUUCCUUCGAUAUCAAUGCAAUCUAGUAAUCAAGAUAUUUUCUGUGUUGGCGUUGUGUACUCAGGUGAAUAUGAUUUGUUGUCAUGUUAUUCUGAGUGUAUCCACACCGGGCAAGCUUGAAAAAUAUGCCUGGCGACGGUGGGAAUCGAACCUACGACCUUUGGAAUAUACUAGUUCAAUGCUCAAACAAUCAUAUUCACCUGAGUACACAACACGAACACAGAAAAUGUCAUGAUUACUAGACUGCAUUGAUAUCGAAGGGACUAGACUCGGUUCCGAAAUAUCACAAACUCGAACCGACCUUAUCAGAGCAUUGGGCUAGUAUUCCAAAGGUCGUAGGUUCGAUUCCCACCGUGACCAGGCAUAUUUUUCAAGCUUGCCCGGUGUGGAUAUACACUCAGAGUAACAUCGCAAACAAUCAUAUUCACUUGAGUACACAACACCAACACAGAAAAUAUCAUAAAGUAGGGAUGUUAUUUUGCUUUGUAUGGGCUUUAUUUUUAUGCAAUAUUCAACACGAAACGCUUCGUAAAACGUGUCUAAUACGUUAUACCUAAAAUAAAUCACUAUGAUUUGUUGAACCCGAUAACUUGAUCAGAUAUUGAUAUAUUUCACUUAUACCAUUAGAGUGAUGUUCUAAUGAUUCCUAUGUUAUUCCGUUAAAUUUAUUUUAUUCCCAUUUUCAAUUUACAGGUGUCAAUUCUACGGUAGGUCUGGAAUAAUAUUUUCAACGAUUGAAUAAAUGCUUUAUAGAUCUAAUUGCAAAUCAUCAUCAUCACUAUAAUUAGCAUCAUUAUUAAUUUACUAAAGUAGGUUUACCAACUAAAUAAUUGUGCGUGAGAAGUAGAAAGAAAACGUUGAAAAUACAGCUGGGUAAGUUGGGCUGGAAUAUACAGACAUUCAGCAUCACAUCUCUUUUACCAGGCUCUCAUUUCCGUUUCCAUCCAAUUGCGUUUUACUGACUUCACAAACGAGAAUGUGAUACCAGCAGUGAACAUUACUGCCGCGAAUGGAACCACAGCCUUCCAGUUCCUCCAACAGGCAGCUCAACAAAAUCCAUGUUAUCUUUCUCAAUAUAUAACAUAUCCAAAUCUUGGUCAUUACAUCACAACCAUAUGCUGUGUAGCACAAAACACGACGUCUAACUUCUACUGGUUCGUCUACAUUAAUAACGCACUCUCGCCAGUUGGAGUGGAUGGUCUGAUACCAAACAAUGGAGAUAUCCUUAGGUUCGAGUACCGGUUUAUAAACUCUACUGAUGGAAACCAUACAGAAACCUCUGCGGCUAAAAGUCCUAAAGUAGGUACGUUAUUCAAAUAUCGGUACAAUUUUUGGAGGGGGACGAUUUUAAAGUGCUAUUACUAGGUAUAUGACAAUGGUGUGAUUUUAUCUAAUAAAUACCAUGCAUAUUGUGCGAGAAAUUGAAAACUUGAUCGCACUAUGGUAUCUAGAUUUGCUUCAUGGAAGAUUGUGCGUCGUGAAAUUAGCCUUUAAAUUAAAUAGAUUGCAGGCCUUUGCAUUGGUGGUUUGCAAUCAAUCCAUUGAAGCUUAUAAGACAAAGAUACGGCGCCCAUGUUGAAUGAAAAGCAGCUCCAAACAAAAUAGCUGCCAAGUACAUUUUUUGUUAGCGUUCUUCCAACAUGGCCGACCUCAAGUACAAACCAAGAAAUGUGCUUGCAUGAAAAUUAAUAUUUCACACAUCUGCUGCAUGGGAACAUAGUUUCCCGGUAUGCAGAGUAAACCACACUGCAUGCGACCACUAGACUGCUUUAUUGAUGUUUGUAGAGUUCCCGAGCUCGUCAUCAUUUGGAAAAUAUUUUGUGGGUGAAAUUCGGUGAACAAAAUUUGUCGCGCUGCAGGUUGGAAAAGUCCGUAUUGCAUGGGGAAACCAAUAUGGUCAUAAGAAUAACAUUCAUUUUUUCAAUAUUAAUGUUUUAUUCUUGUAGGAAAACAAGAUUCAAUGCAAAUGGUAAGUUAUCGUGCAAGGUAGGCUUUCUUGUCCACAACUGAAACGCGAAUCCAAAGAGGAUCGCCAAAAUUCCUGUUGUGAAAGUGAAAUGAAUUUGAAAGAUACUGAUAAGGAUUAAAUUAAAUUAAGGAAAAUAAAAACCAAACAAGUAAGACAUGGAUAAGAAAACACAGUCGGUAUUAUAUUCUACUAAACUGAUGGUUGAACUCCACUGCAAAUAUAUUGUAUUAAUGUAUUCGUCGAAAACAAAAUGGAUAUCCGGAUAUCUUUCGGAUAUCCUGUUGAAAAACAAGGAAUUUUUCAUAUGCUCUACUGCAGUAUAGGUUUUAAAGUUAAUUCAGUUCACUAUUUUAUUCAGAUUUUUACUUUCUCAGAUUUCCGUCUCAGUCAAACUUACGUUCACUAAUUAUCCCAACCCAAAUGUCCAACCUCCAGAACAAGUGAUUGCCGCAAAUGGAACAACAGCUUUUGAAUUUCUUCAACUUGCCUCACAACUCAACCCUUGCUAUCUUUUCAACUACACACAGUUCAGUUUUGGCCGUUACAUUACAACGAUAUGUUGUAUCGAAGAAAAUAAAGCAACACAAUUCUAUUGGUUUAUUUAUUUAAAUGGUAUACCCUCUCCAGUUGGAGCUGACUUGCUCAAGCCGAAGAAUGGAGAUACCCUGACCUUUGAGUAUCAGAUGUCGACAAAUACUGAUCAUUCAACCUCAGCCCCAACACCCCGCAGUGCCACACCCCGCCGUGCCACACCCCGCAGUGGCACACCCAUUAUAAACCCAAAACCAACUGGAAAAGGUCAGCAGAUGCCUGCUGCAAGUUUGAACGUAUUCAUUUCGAUGGCAAUUGGAAUCCUAGCCCAGAAAUUCUAGGACCUUCGAUCAUUUUCAGUUAAUACUUUUUAGUAACUUCAAUAAUAUGUUUACUUACAUUUUGUCAUAUUAUUAAUGAAUUAGAAUAAACUUACGUGUAAGACAUACGCACGUCUAAAACAUUGCCCAUUAGCAAUUAGUAGUAGUUGAAGUGUAAAAACGAUUAUUUCCCGUCGAUGGCUGUUAAGUAUGUAUUAAUUAUCAUGUCACCUGGCUCUUAUAGCCGUAUAAUCAAGAUA